AGCUCCACGCUCACAGUCACAGCAGAAGGUGCACACACGCCACUUACUCCACGCCGCAACAAUUCGCUCUACCGCAACUUUCAUCGCCACCAACUUUACCGAUACCGCAAAUCGACCAAAGUGUAGUCCGAGGACGACAACUGAGCCGAAGUCGGAAUCGUUCGAAGACGGAAUUUGGUGUACAGGUCAGGAGUGGCCAUGCCAUUUGGCUGUUUAACAAUCGGAGAAAAGAAGGAUUACCACAGUCCUUCGGAUGUGACGGACAAAUAUGAUAUGGGUCAAAUUGUUAAAUCGGAGGAGUUCUGUGAGAUAUUCAGAGCCAAGGACAAAACUACGAUGAGAAUGUACACGUGCAAAAAGUUCCUGAAAAAGGAUGGAAGGAAGGUCCGCAAGGCAGCAAAAAAUGAAAUCCUCAUUUUAAAAAUGGUGAAGCAUCCAAAUAUUCUCCAACUGGUGGAUGUCUUUGAGACUAAAAAGGAAUACUUCCUCUUCCUUGAACUUGCAACAGGCAGAGAGGUGUUCGACUGGAUCCUUGAUCAAGGCUAUUACUCAGAGCGGGACACCAGCAACGUGGUGCGCCAGGUGUUGGAAGCUGUUGCCUACCUCCACUCCCUGCACAUUGUUCACAGAAACCUGAAGUUAGAGAAUUUGGUCUACUACAACCGCUUGAAGCACUCUAAAAUAGUCAUCAGUGACUUCCAUCUUGCCAAGUUGGAGAAUGGAUUAAUCAAAGACCCCUGCGGGACACCAGAGUACCUGGCUCCAGAAGUGGUUGGCAGACAGCGAUACGGUCAGCCAGUGGACUGCUGGGCAACAGGCGUCAUUAUGUACAUAUUGCUUUCGGGCAAUCCUCCUUUUUAUGAUGAGAGUGAUGAAGAGGAUUAUGAAAAUCAUGACAAGAACCUGUUCCGAAAGAUCCUCGCAGGCGAUUAUGAGUUUGAUUCUCCAUACUGGGAUGAAAUCUCUGAUUCAGCUAAGAGUUUGGUUGCACGUCUGAUGGAAGUGGAUCAGGACCAGAGACUGACAGCUCAGGAGGCUAUUAACCAUGAAUGGAUCUCCGGUGGCGCAGCAUCAGAUAAAAACAUCAAAGAACAUGUAUGUGCACAAAUAGAAAAGAACUUUGCUAGAGCCAAAUGGAAGAAAGCCGUGCGGGUCACCACCAUCAUGAAGAGGCUGAGGGCAACAGAGCAAAGUACCGCCAAGGCCACCACGGGGGAUCCCGCGGCUCCUCAGGACGCUGCAGACCCUUCCAUGCCUUCACCUGCUACCGCCACACCACAGGAAGUAGUCCCAGAGCAAGACAAAACGGUACCAGAGGCCUCGGACGGCAAGGCAGAGCCACAGCAGCAGAACCCACCGCCACAGGAAGCAGAAACCACAUCACGGUGUAAUGGAGACACGUUGGAUACUGAGACCAGGGAUGAGCAAGGCUAAGGUCCUCAUUGUACCCUCAAUCCUGCACAUUGUACAAUAGCUGCUAGCAUGGUGACACUGACUCUGCUUCUCUCUCUCGCAGCAUUAGCAUCAUCUCAUGAUGGCUAUGUGCUAAUUUACCUGAGUGCUCCGCAUUGCAUUGAAAUGAAAAUCUUUUUUCAGUUGUAUUUUAUAUAUAUAUAUAUAUAUAUAUAUAUAUAUAUAUAUAUAUAUA